AUGGGUGCUCCGCCCGAUGGCUUCAAGGCAGCUAUCUCGCGACUCGAGAAACAAGAAGCUAGAAUUGAGAACUUGGCUCGCCACAUACAAAGCCGGUCCUCAUCAAGAAAAGUGAUCGGCAAUGCCCUUCGUAUUAAUGGACAACUCUUGACCACCGACAAAGAUAUUGCUGACUCGUUCCGCGCCUCGUUCCAAGAGGUCUUUCGUCUGGAUAGCCUGAGCAACUACCCUACUCUGGAUCGAGGAAGCGACAUGCCAGAUCUGAUAUUACUCCCUCGUGGAGAAUCGGAAGAAGCUUUACACUCGCAGGCGAGUUGGUCCACAGACGGAACCCGCAAAUACAAGGACACCCAACAAGCGAAGGCCUCUCUAAGUCCUGUGAUUUGA